AUGCUGAGUGAUACCGGCGAUUAUACUGGACUGGAUAGCCAUUCACCAGUGCUGUUCUCGACAGUGUCGCCAUUAUCAACUGGGAAUGAAUUAGAAAUGUUUGGCAUAGAGAUCAUCAUUUUUGAAACUUUUAAACAUCGGGGAAUUUCUGCCGGCAGCUACUUGCUUCCGAAAUACAAAAGGAUGAUACCUUCACUUCUGUUAACUGUACUUUUAAGUUUCUUCGUAAAUGUUUCAUGCGAAAAAUGUAGGACCAAUAACGACUGUGGCAGUGGACGAUGUGAGUGGCGUCGCUGCGUUGGAAAACUGGGUAAAGUGAUAUCCGAUAGGAUGGAAAUUGAAAAUUGUUACGUUGACGAUGAUUGUCCUAUAAAACAGGUUUGCCGGGGUGGUUCAUGCCAAGAACGCCUUCCAUUGAUUAGUGAUGUAGUUAAUGUUCGACCUGAUCACUGUUAUACCGACGCAAAUUGUCCACUUGGUUUCAAAUGCGGUUUUUAUAAAAAGUGCUAUAAUAUGUCUGAUGGCAGAUAUGUAGUGGAAUCCUUCAUGCAUAUCCCAUGCAAGCAUGAAGCACCAAGCUUUUGCGCGGAAGCAACAGGUUUUGAAAAUGCCAUAUGUCGUGAAAUCUAUUUUGAGCACGAGAACGUCCGCUCAUAUAUAUGCCAGUUUCCACCACCGUUUAUGUACGCUGAACACAAAUCCUGUGAUGAGAAGGGCGGAUGCUCACGCUAUGGCACAUGCAUAAGAGGGACUUGUUAUCAGCCGUUUUGGGUUACCGUUAGACAACGUUGUAAGAGCAAUGAUGAAUGUACUUUUCGUGCGACGUGUAACUCAGAUGGUGGGUGCGAGGAAGGAAGAUGGGCACUGAGAUAUAGAACUUGUCGAGUUUCCUCAGAAUGUGGUAAUGGUGGUUCUGGUUCUGUAAUGAGAUAUGUUUGUCGUAGAUUUGAAUGUACGUAUCGACGAAGUGUGCCAGCUGAAUGUGAUGCUUGUCGGUUUGAUGAAUUCUGCGAUUUGUAUGAAAAUUGUUUACGAGUUCAACGUUUCAGUGAACUUAAUUGCGAUGGCGACAACUGGUUUUAUUGGUAUAGCGCAUUCUAUUGCUCGUCGACGACGGAAAAGACGUACAAGGAUGCGUUACUGGAAUGUAUGGAAUUAAAGGCAAAAUUAGUUUAUUCACCAGAUAGAGGAUCUGAAACCUCACUCUCUCCUGAAAAUGCCUUGUUGUCAUACUUAGCUAUACGCGCUGGUUGGGUUAAAGAAGAAAAUGACGAGAUCGAAAAAAAUUUUGUGAAUUGGAACUUUGAUUCCGAAAAGAUGAAAAAGUCACGUUUUUUUGUAAAAAAGAAGUGCCUCGAUCUUCGGUUCCGAACAACGCCACUGCAUAUAUUGGUUUAUUUUUUGACUAUUAAAUGA